AAACGAUAGAAAAGAAUAAGAAAAUUGUAAUUACUAAAUUGGACGGUUUUCGAUGAGAUUGACUCUUUUGAAUUCCAGAAGAUUCCUUCCUUGCUCUGCGUUUAAGACAGAACAAACCCCAAUUUCGGUGUUUCAGAAAUCAGAAUCGGAAUCAGAAUCAGAAUCAGCAUCUACAGCUAGUCAAAAUCGUAAUCGGAGAAGAAACCGAAGCGAACAAGAUGAGUACUCCUUCUGAUCAAACCACAAACGAAGCUAAAACAACAACACCACCACCGCCGCCGCCGAAUGAUUCUCCGUCUCAGUCUCAGUCUCAGCCUCACUCCACCGAUUAUGCUCCAUACCCUAAAAUUGACCCCAACGAUGUUACUCCUCCUUUGCCACAUCAUCCUAAUUUGACUUCUGAGCCGUUGCAACCGGUUACUAGUCCCGUCGCCGCUGAAACUCGCGCUCCGAUUUCCGGCGACGCUGCAACCACCAUGCCUCCCGAGUCCAAUCCCUAUGUCUCCCCUGCACCUGUUCAGCCAUCAAAAAAUACUUUGGAUUCGGUGAAGGAUGUUCUUGGAAGAUUUGUUGUGAUGAUUAUUAAUAGCUCUGGAUCUGUUGAAUCAUUGAAGACUGGUCCUAGUUUUGCUGAUGCUGCUGUUGGGAGGAUUGCUCAGAGCACAAAGGUUCUUGCAGAAGGUGGCUAUGAGAAGAUCUUCAGGCAAACUUUUGAGACUGUUCCGGAGGAGCAGCUCUUGAAAACGUAUGCGUGCUACUUGUCCACCUCGGCCGGACCGGUAAUGGGAGUUCUGUAUUUGUCAACUGCAAAGCUUGCUUUUUGCAGUGAUAACCCACUUUCUUACCAAACGGGUGAUCAGACUCAGUGGAGCUAUUAUAAGGUGGUCAUUCCGUUACAUCAGCUGAGAGCGGUGAACCCAUCAGCAAGCAAAACCAACCAAUCGGAGAAAUAUAUACAGAUCAUCUCUGUUGACAACCAUGAAUUUUGGUUCAUGGGCUUUGUUCACUAUGACAGCGCUGUUAAAAAUAUUCAAGGAGUGUUGCAAACCCGUUGAUGCACACAGCACACGCCAUCAAAGACCUUGCAAUGGAUGAUGUUUAUGUUGAUAAGUUUUCAUUCACAGAAACAUGAAAUGUUUUACUGCUGUAUGGUAGUCCUCUGGUCUUAUAUAGUUUGUGGAGCUGUUGUUUGAUUAUUUCUGAAAUUUAGAUGGUGUUUGGUUUAUAUUUUUGUUUUCUAU